UGGUGUGCUUGUGUUUAGUUCGCGCAGAUAGUCAAAUAGGAUUCCUUUGGGAAGGGACACAAAUCACUCCCAUUUGAACAAGGGGAGCAACACGGGAUCAGCACCCACAAGGGUCCUCUUCUUCUUCUUGAUUUCCAAUUUCCAUCUCGUUUCUCUCUGAAAGAAGGAAACAGGGAGAAGUAUACGAAGGGGAAAAAAGCGGGUUUACACAAAGCGAGAGAAAGAAGAGAAAGAAAACUUGUCAGGGGAUGAUGACAUUUGAUCCAUCGCUGUCUGAAAGCUCUAUUUGAUCCUUCUUUUUCUUAAACUGACACUGGAGCUCUCUUUGUAAACCUCCUGAAUCCAGAGGGGGCAUCGGCAAAACCCCUCAAGUGAGCUUUUCCUCGUGUGUACACUUCGUUUGAAAUUUCGUCGGUUUGUCGGUCUUAUUGACACCUGGAUAUCCUCUGCUCGCUUGUGUGGCAUUUUUUUUUAAAAUAAUAACGACAACGUCCUCUCUCGUGUCUACGAGAACGCCGCUUUAUCUAUCCUGUUUCGCACUCUGAAUUCUGGUCAUUUUGUCGCUCGCCAGCAAAUCGGGGUUUUGAACACUUUCUGAUAAACCCGCACCAACAGGGAGUGCGAAAGAUCCAGUUUUCAUGUUUGGAAUUCAAGAGAGCAUCCAGAGGAGUGGGAAUAGCUUGAAAGAGGAACCUCUCGGAUCAGGGAUGAACGCCGUUCGGACAUGGAUGCAAGGUGCCGGGGUGUUGGAUGCGAACACGGCCGCUCAGAGUGGAGUGGGUCUUGCCCGGGCACACUUCGAGAAACAACCGCCCUCAAACCUUCGCAAAUCCAACUUCUUCCACUUCGUUUUGGCGCUGUAUGACAGGCAAGGACAGCCUGUGGAAAUCGAAAGGACAUCUUUUAUUGGAUUUGUUGAAAAAGAAAAGGAGUGCUCCGGGGAAAAGACCAACAACGGGAUACAUUACAGACUACAACUUCUCUACAGCAAUGGCAUCAGAACAGAACAGGAUUUUUACGUGCGGCUCAUCGACUCCAUGACCAAGCAGCCAAUCAUUUAUGAAGGUCAAGACAAGAACCCAGAGAUGUGUCGAGUCCUGCUCACACACGAGAUCAUGUGCAGUCGUUGCUGUGACAAGAAGAGCUGUGGGAAUCGCAACGAGACCCCCUCAGACCCCGUCAUCAUUGACAGAUUCUUUCUGAAAUUUUUCCUGAAGUGCAACCAGAACUGUCUGAAGAAUGCUGGCAACCCCCGGGACAUGCGCCGCUUCCAAGUGGUGGUUUCUACGACGGUCAGUGUGGACGGUCACGUGCUUGCCGUGUCCGACAACAUGUUCGUCCACAACAACUCCAAACAUGGCCGCCGAGCUCGCCGCCUGGACCCCUCGGAAGGCACGCCCUCCUACCUGGAGCAUGAAGCUGCCCCCUGCAUCAAGGCCAUAUCCCCCAGUGAGGGCUGGACCACGGGGGGAGCCACCGUCAUCAUCAUCGGGGACAACUUCUUCGACGGCCUGCAAGUCAUCUUUGGAACCAUGCUGGUCUGGAGUGAGCUGAUCACGCCCCAUGCCAUCCGGGUGCAGACCCCACCGCGCCACAUCCCCGGGGUCGUGGAGGUCACCCUGUCCUACAAGUCCAAGCAGUUCUGCAAAGGAACGCCAGGCCGCUUCAUCUACACAGCCCUGAAUGAGCCCACCAUUGACUACGGCUUCCAGAGACUUCAGAAGGUGAUCCCCAGACACCCAGGAGACCCCGAGCGCCUCCCUAAGGAGGUGAUUCUUAAGCGGGCAGCAGAUUUGGUGGAGGCGCUCUAUGGCAUGCCUCAUAACAACCAGGAGAUCAUCCUGAAGAGGGCUGCGGACAUUGCGGAGGCUCUCUACAAUGUGCCCCGGAACCACAACCAGCUGACGGGCCUGACCAACAGCUCCGUGCACGCCGGCAUGAUGGGGGUCAACUCCUUCUCCGGCCAGCUGGCCGUCAACGUGUCCGAGUCACAAGGAAACCAGGGCUUCAGCCGGAACACCAGCAGCGUGUCGCCGCAUGGCUACGUGCCCAGCACCACGCCGCAGCAGACCAGCUACAGCUCCGUGUCCACCAGCAUGAACGGCUACGGCAACAGCGGCAUGUCCAACCUCGGCAGCUCGCCUAGCUUCCUCAACGGCUCCGCCGCCAACUCCCCCUAUGCCAUCGUGCCGUCCAGCCCCACCAUGGCCUCCUCCACCAGCCUGGCGUCCAACUGCAGCAGCUCCUCCGGCAUCUUCUCCUUCUCCCCCGCCAACAUGGUGUCCGCCGUCAAGCAGAAGAGCGCCUUCGCCCCCGUGGUGCGGCCCCAGACCUCGCCACCGCCCACCUGCACCAGCACCAACGGCAACGGUCUCCAAGAUCAGUCUUUUGUGGACUCUAGCAAGUACACCCCAUCCAGCGCUCUGCAGGGCCUGGCCUUCUCCUGAACUGAUUCCUGGAAUGAUCGUUCCCCCCAUGUAGUGGAUGUGUGAUUGGUGAUUGAGCGCGUGCAAGCCUGGAGGACGACGUGUCGUCAUGACGUCAACUGCGAGAACUCCUUCUCCUCUCCACCUCCACCUCCUUCUCUCCUCACCCCAUGGACCACCGUCCACCUCCCUCCUCUCCUCCCCUCUUCCCCCGUGUGUACAGAAGACUCCGGAAUAACGGACUGCAUCUGCAGUCCCUCUCUGAAGGAAAGAACACAAGAAUAAACUCUUUAUCUCAGGCCCUUUUUAACAAGGAAUUCUCGUUUGAAGAAAAAAAACAAACAACAAAAAGAAAAGAAAAUGAAAACAGAAGGAAAUGUUUAAGAAAAAAAUGAAGAAUUGAAGAAUGGUGAGAAGAUACAUGGAGAAGGUGUACAUGAAGAACCAUUGCAACAACCUCUUUUGAUGUGAAAAUGUUUGUAAACACCUUGUAGACACUUUUUAAGGGGAAGGCGAGGCCAAGCCUUGAUAUUUAAUGCCCAGCGCCCACAUGAACAAUAGAUAAAAACGAACAAAAAAAGAACAAAAAAAAAUACAAGAGCUUUGUUUAUUUUGAAAGAUGUGCUCAUAAUUUGCUAUCAUCAUUGUGUGUUUUUGUUUUAUUAUUUAGUUAUGUUUUUUUUGUGCAAAAAACUAUGUAAUGCCCAUGUAUGAAAUGUACUAUACACAAUGGACACUAUGUUACAAUAGUUUCUAUUUAUGACUUUUUACGAUUAGUGAAGGAACAACAACAACAACAACAAAAACAUUUGUGAAGGAAAACAAAAAUGCGCUGCUUCUGCAAAGUAAAAGUAGCAGUUAAGGCCCUAAACGAAUGUUUACAGACACGAACAAACAAACAGCAACAACAACAAAAACGCCACACUCUCAUGAUACAAUUGCAACGUAACUAGAUCAAAAACUCUGUGGUCCUCCAUGUUAACUCCACUCCAUGACUCCCAGACGAGGCAGACUGAGUUUAAACUAUGCUGUUAAUGGACACUGACUUGUUAACUAUGCAUCACAAAACCCCAAAGUUCCACAUGACUCCGUUUCCAGGGGUAACAGCUGCGCAGCAGAUAGAGAUUCGUUCUGUUCUGACUGCAUAUGGUGCAGCUGUGGGGGAAAAAAUAUAUAAAUUUAUAUAUAUAUGUAUCAGAGAUAACAUAUGCAUUUUGAUCAUAAUUGU